UUCAGUUUAUAUUCAGAUGAACCGUGGAUCUGAGUGACUGCAGGAGGCAAAAUGUCAUCCGGUGAAGAUUAUGAAGACGAUUACGAAGAUGAUGAUGAUGAUGAUGAUGUAGAUGAUGAGGAGGAGGAAGAUGAAGAUGAAGAUGAAGAUGAGGAAGAUGAUGAUGAUGAUGAUGAUGAUGACGAGGAUGAUGAUGAUGAUGAUGAGGAGGAGGAGGAGGAGGAAGAUGAAGAUGAGGAAGGAGAUGAUGAUGAAGAUGAUUAUGAUGAGGAGGAAGAUGAUGAUGAGGACGAUGAUGAUGAGGAAGAAAAUGAUGAUGAAGAUAAUUAUGAUGAGGAAGAAGAAGAAGAUGACGAUGUGGAAUUUGAUGAUCUAGAAUUUGAUGAUGAUAAGGAAGAAGAUAAAGUACAUACAGGGGACACGAUCUCUGAUAAGCAGGUGCAGGAUAAAAUGCCAAAGGAGACCCUAAACAUGAAGGAGAAUGGGAAUGAAAAAGCUGCUAAUAUUCAGAAGAAUCAAACCGAGAAAGGAGUUGCUGCAGCUGACGCAAAUGCUACGAUGACUAAAACCCAGAAGAAUCAAACAGAGAAAGAAGCUGCAGCAGCUGACGCAAAUGCUACGAUGACUAAAACCCAGAAGAAUCAAACAGAAAAAGAAGUCUCUGUAGCUGACGCAAAUGUUAUGAUGUCUAAAACCCAGAUGAAUCAAACAGAGAAAGAAGCUGCAGCAGCUGACAAAAAUGGUACCGUGUCUAAAACCCAGAUGAAUCAAACAGAGAAAGAAGCCGCUGCAGCUAACGCAAAUGUUAUGAUGUCUAAAAUUCAGAAGAAUCAAACAGAGAAAGAAGUCACUGCAGCUGACGCAAAUGUUAUGAUGUCUAAAAUUAUGAAGAAUCAAACAGAGAAAGAAGCUGCUGAAGCUGACACAAAUGCUAGGAAGCCUAGAAUCCAGAAGAGGCAAACAAAAAAAGAAGAUGAUGCAGCUGACACAACUGAUACGAAGCCUAAAAUCCAGAAGAAACAAACAAAGAAAGAAGCCGAUGCCACUGACGCAAAUGUUACGAAGCCUAAAAUCCAGAAGAAACAAACAAAAAAAGAAGACGAUGCAGCUGACACAGAUGUUACGACACUUAAAAUCCAAAGGAAACAAACAAAGAAAGAAGACGAUGCAGCUGACACAAAUGAUACGACACUUAAAAUCCAAAGGAAACAAACAAAGAAAGAAGACGAUGCAGCUGACACAGAUGUUACGACACUUAAAAUCCAAAGGAAACAAACAACGAAAGAAGACGAUGCAGCUGACACAAAUGAUACGAAGCCUAAAAUCCAGAAGAAACAAACAAAAAAAGAAGACGAUGCAGCUGACACAAAUGUUACGACACUUAAAAUCCAAAGGAAACAAACAACGAAAGAAGACGAUGCAGCUGACACAAAUGUUACGACACUUUUAAUCCAAAGGAAACAAACAAAGAAAGAAGCCGCUCCAGCGGACACAAAUGAUACGAAGCCUAAAAUUCAGAAGGAACAAGCAAAGAAAGAAGCCGAUGCAGCUGAAACAAAUAUUACGAAGCCUAAAAUCCAGAAGAAACAAACAAAGAAAGAGCCCACUCCAGCUGACACAAAUCCUAUGAAGCCCAAAAUCCAGAAGGAACAAACAAAGAAGGAAGCUGCUCCAGCUGAAACAAAUGUUACGAAGCCUAAACUCCAGAAAGAACAAGCAAAAAAAGAAGCCACUCCAGCUGACACAGAUGCUACGAAGCCUAAAAUCCAGAAGGAGCAAACAAAGAAAGAAGCCACUCCAUCUGACACAAAUCCUAUGAAGCCUAAAAUCAAGAAGGAACAAACAAAGAAGGAAUCUGCUCCAGCUGACACAAAUGCUAUGAAGCCCAAAAUCCAGAAGGAACAAACAAAGAAAGAAGCUGCUCCAGCUGAAACAAAUGCUACGAAGCCUAAAAUCCAGAAGGAACAAACAAAGAAGGAAGCUGCUCCAGCUGGAACAAAUACUACGAAGCCUAAAAUCCAGAAGGAACAAACGAAGAAAGAGCCCACUCCAGCUGAAACAAAUGCUGCGAAGCCUAAAAUCCAGAAAGAACAAGCAAAAAAAGAAGCUGCUCCAGCUGACACAGAUGCUACGAAGCCUAAAAUCCAGAAGGAACAAACAAAGAAAGAAGUCCCUCCAGCUGAAACAAAUGCUACGAAGCCUAAAAUCCAGAAGGAACAAGCGAAGAAAGAAGCCACUGCAGCAUCUCAUUAAAUGUUUAGCUCAACAGUUUUUUAUCAUUAUUAUUAUUCAUGUUUUUGGUGUUAUUAUUAUUAGUAAUUGGAUCUGUAAAUACAUUGGUCACUUUUUCAGUAUUUUUUCAGCACCACUCUGCAUCAGCUAAACCGUAGUGCAUUUAACACCGUAUUUAAAUCCACAUACAGUUGAUGUCAGAAUUAUUAGUCCUAUCGUGAAGUGUUUUUUCUCUUUCAAAUAUUUCCCAAA